AUGUACGAUAACGAGGAACGAUACAGUGUGAACGACUCUACGUACCACAAAGCUUGCUUCGUCUGUGAAGUUUGUGGACGGGAAUUGAGAGAACAACAAUUCUACCUGAGCGAUGGUCGAUUCUUCUGCAAACAAGAUUACCUCUAUAAGAUGGAGCGUAAAGUGACACGCUGUGCCGAGUGUAAACAGCCAAUCCAGGAAAUGGUAAUUAUUUAG